AGUACACUGCCGCUUCCUCCGUCCUCCUCGGGGCGCGGAAGUGGUUGUCUUGGUGACGGGUCCUAACGGUCUCCGACCUGAGAUUCCUCGUUGAGGGGCUGCAACCUGAGCUUCAGUUCCGAGACGCUUUCAGGUCCUUGAAGUGGACGCGGUGGGUGGGUGGCUGGUCCAGCCUUCGACGUGGAGUAAUUUGAAGCUUUCGAGAAAAUUGAAAUAGAACUGGAGAAGAAAACUGACCCAUAAAAAAGAUGUCUCGAAAAAUUGCCAAGGCAUCAAAAAAGGUGAACAUCUCUAGCUCUCUGGAAUCUGAAGAUAUUAGUCUAGAAACAACAAUUCCUACAGACGAUAUUUCAUCAUCAGAAGAACGAGAUGGGAAAAUUAAAAUCACCCAGCAACUAAUUGAACGUAAAGAACUACUUCAUAAUAUUCAGUUACUGAAAAUAGAACUAUCCCAGAAAAAUAUGAUGAUAGACAACUUGAAAGUGGAUUAUCUUACAAAGAUUGAAGAAUUAGAGGAGAAACUUAAUGAUGCUCUUCACCAGAAGCAGCUACUGACAUUGAGAUUAGACAAUCAAUUGACUUUUCAACAGAAAGAUGCCAGAAAAUAUCAAGAACUAAUGAAACAAGAAAUGGAAACGAUUUUAUUGAGGCAGAAACAACUAGAAGAGACAAAUACUCAGCUAAGGGAGAAGGCGGGAGAUAUUCGUCGAAAUCUGCGUGACUUUGAGUUGACAGAGGAGCAAUAUAUGAAACUAAAAGGUUUUCCUGAAGAUCAGCUUUCUAUUCCUGAAUACGUAUCUAUUCGGUUCUAUGAACUAGUAAAUCCAUUAAGAAAGGAAAUCUCUGAACUGCAAGUGAAAAAGAAUGACCUAUUAGAAGAAUUGAGUGAAAAUAAAGGCCAAUUGAAACAACUGACAGAGACUUAUGAGGAAGAUCGAAGAAAUUAUUCUGAACUUCAAAUUAGAUGUCAACGUUUGGCCUUAGAAUUAGCUGACACAAAACAGUUAAUUCAGCAAGGGGACUACCGUCAAGAAAACUAUGGUAAAGUCAAAAAUGAGCGUGAUGCCCUUGAACAGGAAAUAAUUGAGUUAAGGAGAAAACAUGAAAUACUUGAAGCCUCUCACAUAACUCAAGCUAAAGAAAGAAAUGAAUUAUCAAAAGAGGUAACCACCUUAAAACAAACUGUUACUUUACUGCAAAAGGAUAAAGAGUAUCUCAGUCGCCAAAACAUGGAGCUUAGUGUUCGCUGUGCCCAUGAAGAGGAUCGCCUUGAAAGACUUCAGGCUCAACUUGAAGAAACCAAAAAGGCUAGAGAAGAGAUGUAUGAAAAAUAUGUAACAUCCAGAGACCAUUAUAAAACAGAAUAUGAAAAUAAACUACAUGAUGAACUGGAACAAAUCAGAUUGAAAACUAAUCAAGAAAUUGAUCAACUUCGAAGUGCCUCUCGGGAAAUGUAUGAACGGGAAAACAGAAAUCUCCGAGAAGCAAGGGAUAAUGCUGUAGCUGAAAAGGAACGAGCAGUGAUGGCUGAAAAGAAUGCUUUAGAAAAACAUGAUCAGCUCUUAGACAGGUACAGAGAACUACAACUUAGUUCAGAAAGCAAAGUCACAGAAUAUCUCCAUCAAAGUAAAUUAAAAUCUUUUGAAAGUGAGCGUGUUCAACUUAUACAGGAGGAAACUGCAAGAAAUCUCACACAGUGCCAGUUGGAAUGUGAAAAAUAUCAAAAAAAAAUAGAGGUUUUAACUAAAGAAUUUUAUAGUCUCCAAGGCUCUUCUGAAAAACGCAUUACUGAACUUCAAGCACGGAACUCUGAGUAUCAGGCAAGGCUCGACAUUUAUGAGAGAUUGGAAAAAGAGCUUGAUGAAAUAAUAAUGCAAACUGCAGAAAUUGAAAAUGAAGAUGAAGCUGAAAGGGUUCUUUUUUCCUAUGGCUAUGGUGCUAAUGUUCCCACAACAGCCAAAAGACGACUAAAGCAAAGUGUCCACUUGGCAAGAAGAGUGCUUCAGUUAGAAAAACAAAACUCACUGGUUUUAAAAGACCUGGAACAUCAAAAGGACCAAGUAACACAGCUUUCACAAGAGCUUGACAGGGCCAAUUCUCUGUUAAACCAGACUCAGCAGCCUUACAGAUAUCUCAUUGAAUCAGUGCGUCAGAGAGACUCUAAGAUUGAUUCACUGAAAGAGCAUGUUACACAACUUGAGAAAGAUGUCAGCAAUUUGAAUAAAGAAAAGUCAGCUUUACUACAGAUGAAGAAUCAAAUGGCAUUAGAUUUAGAACAACUUCUAAAUCAUCGUGAGGCCCAAAACUUUUCAAUACUAGAAGAUAACCUGAGGAAAACAAUCAGGAUAGCGAAAGAAUUCAAGAAUUCUUUUUAGUCAUAAAAGGGAUGAAUGAACUGGGGGUAUUUACAGAAGAAAUGAUUCAGAGAGAUGUAAGAAAUUCGAAGUAAGCAUGUGAAAGAAGCAGUAAUAGACUUGUUAUACAUGUAUCCAAAGGCUAGAAUUAAAACCUAAGGAUAGACCUCAUAAGGAGACAUGUUUUAUUUGUUUUCCUUUGCUUUGUUGCUUUGUUGCUUUGUUGUUGUUGUGUUGUUUUGUUUUGUAUAGGGUCUGGGUUAAAUAACUUGAAGAUCCCUUCCAAACCUGAAAGUAUGUGUAUCAAAGGCUUUGAUAGAAGAUAGAUGUUCUAUUGUGUAAAUAAUGACAGCUUUGAACCCAGAAAGACCUGCACUCUAGGGAGACGUUAGCCUACAAAUGGGAGCAAGUAUUUUGAUGGGAAGACUGAGGGACUGGAAAAGAGGGGUUUGCAGUCGUAGAUACUGGUACUGUUCUCUAACAGUUCUGCCAUACAAAAAUCUGCUUUAUCUGUUGUUUAGAGUGUAGUGGCAUUGGCAUUCAAGGUAUAUUUUAAAUUCCUCAAAAAUCACAUAUUAAAAAUCUCUCCUGGGGUGCCUGGGUGGCUCAGUCGGUUAAGUAUCUUAACUCUUCAGCUCAGGUUAUGAUCUCACAGUUCAUGAGCUUGAGCCCCGAGUUGGACUCUGUGCUGACAGCACGGAACCUACUUGGGAUCCUCUCUCUCCCUCUCUCUUUGCCCCUCUCUGCUCACACACACAUUCUCUCUCUCCCAAAAUAAAUAAAUAAACUUAAAAAAAAAAAUUUUUUUAAAUAUCUCCACUGAAGUAUUUGCAAGUUGAAAUGAUUUGAGGUCUGAAAUCUGCUUUGAAAUGUUUCAAAAAAACCUGGUAAGGGAAUAGAUAAAACAUUGUUGACAGAACAAUCUGGCACUUCCUCAAACAACUAAACACAGAAAUGCAGAAAUACCAUAUGACCCAGCAAUCCACCCCUAGGUAUAUACCUAGGAGAAAUGAAAAUAGGUCCACACAAAAACUUGUGCAUGAAUCUUUAUAGCAACAUUAUUCACAACAGUCAAAAAGUGGAAACAACCUAAAUGUCCAUCCACUGAUGAAUGGAUAAACAAAAUACAGUAUAAUCAGAUAAUAGAGUUUUAUUUGGCCGUUAGAAGGAAUUAAGUACUGAUAUGUUACAACAUGGAUGACCCUUGAAAAUGUUAUGCUAAAUGGAAGAAGCCAGUAACAAAAGAUCACAUAUUUUAUGAUUCCAUUCAUAUGAAAUGUCUAGAACAGGAAAAUCUACACAGGCAGAAAAAAGAUUAGUGGUUACUUAAGGCUGAGAAGUUGAGAGUAAGGUGGGAUAGCAGAGUGAUUCCUAAAGGAGUCCAGGUUUCUUUUUGAAAUAAAAGUUUCAUAAUGGACUAUAGUAAUAGUGGGUAAUCGUAAUGUCUGCGAAUAUACUAAAAAACAUUGGAUUAUAUGCUUUAAAUGGAUGACUGUAUGGUGGUGAAUUGUAUCUCAUUAAAGCUGUUUGACAAAACAAAUCUGGCAAAAUGUUUAUCAUUGUUAUAGUUAGCCAAUAGAAAUUGAGAGCUUCAUAUGCUCUCGUCUUUGUAUGUUUGAAAAUUUCCAUAAUAAAAUCUUUUUUAAAUACCCUUUCAGAUGAAAUUUAAAUAUCCAAAAUAUGUAUGUACUUGGUUUAAAACAAGGUUGGUUUUUACCUUGCGUUUACCUCAAGUAGGAAAGAUGCACAGAAUUAUCUGACUUAGUAGCCAUGACACAUUGUUAUUCGUAUGUAAAAACACUUACAUUUGACCUCUAGUGGAGCACAUACUUUGCAUUAUACUUGUCAGAGCUAUUUUCAUCAAGAAAUGCCAUCUAUGUGUCCCCUUGCCAACAUCUUUGCAGAGUUUACAACUUUCAGCAAUUUAUUGGCAUCAACUACGCAAUACUGUUAAGCAGCUGCUGUGUAGUUGAGCUGUUUUAAUAUACCACCACUCUCUGUGCAUAGUUUCUACUAAAUGGCCGAGAUACACGAUUUUGGAUUUAUGAGAGCAGUUUAUCACGUUUGUAGAGAUUAUUUCUGCAGUAACAAUCGUCAUCGUCCUCAUCAUCAUCAUCUAGAAGUUUUAUAAGAAUGUCCUUGCCCUUAAUUCUUCCAUUUUGAACAGUAAUUAUUUCACUUCAGUGUGGUUUGUAUUGUUUCAUUUUAUUUCAGUUUUACCCUAAGUCUCAAUUGUUCAGCCAGAUGCAGUUCUGGAGUUGUUAAUUUUAAAGAAUGGUUCAUUCAUUCUGAAGUUACUGUAAUUUUUUUAUGUAUCUGAUAUACUAGAUUUUAACAUAAAUACUGUUCACUUUUUGGAAAUCAGUGUAAGAGUAUAUCAGAAUUAAUGAAUAUUAUUAUAAAUCAGACCAUGUUAUAGAUUAGUAUUUAAAGGUCUCAAACGAGUGAUUUAAGGGAAAGAGGAUUGGGGCAUGGCACUUUUACAGUAUUUUAACUUUUCCAUGAACAAGUAAUAGCAUUUUUAAAAACAGGAAUUUUUAAAAAAUAUUUUGAGAAAUGGCUUUCUAAAUUAAUGGAACAUUUGCCAAGAAGAGGCUAAACCUGCCAAAAUAAGGGACUCUAGAUUAGGGCACUCUACGUUUUGUCAUUUUGGAGAAGAGCACCUACUUUCUGCACGAGGACCUUCAAGUGAAGCUUACUAAACAGUUUCUCUCAUCCACAUAGAGAUUGUACUCAACUGUCUCAUUCAUAUGAGUGAAACAAAAAAAACAAAAAGAAAACUUUUAAUGUGGCUCUUUGUUCAUAAAUUGGAACACACACCAAAGACUGUCAGAAACGGAAAGAAAAUAAUUAGCAUAAGAGGGGAAAAAAUUACAAUAAACAGGGGCUCCUGGGUGGCUCAGUUGGUUAAGCAUCAGACUUCGGCUCAAGUCAUGAUCUCACGAUUCAUGGGUUUGGGCCCCGUGUUGGGCUCUGUGCUGACAGUCAGAACCUGGAGCCUUCUUUGAAAUCUUUGUCUCCCUCUCUCUCUGUCCCUACCCUGCUUGCGCUCUGUCUCUCUCUCAAAAAUAGUAUAAAACAUUUAUUUAAAACAUUUUAAUACAAAAAAAAAAUCACAGUCAACAGAGAAACUGACCCUGUUCUCCAAAGAAAACAAAAACAAAAUUCCAUAGCAGAAAAGAACUUACAAAGUAGCUAUAAUUAGUUUUUUCAGAAAGAUUUGAGAAAGUAGUAUUUCCAUAAAAUAAGAAACAGUGAACAAAAAAAAAUGGUGAUAUUUUCAAAAUUGCUAAAUUAAAAGUCAUGAAAUUAUUAUAAGUAAGUAAAAAUGCCAGGACAGGAUGUGAGGAAAAGUCAACAAGCUCUCCUAAAAUUUAGAAAAAGGAAAAAAGAUGGAAACUAGCAGAGAAAAGUUAAACAACAUAGAAUAUUCCAGAGAAAGAAAAUACCUACAAAGAAAUAGGAAAUCAGCUUGGCAUCAUAGUUCUCAGAAACUCGACUUUAUUUUUUUUUCAAUUUUUUAAAAUAUUUAUUAUUUUUGAGAGAGAAAGACAGAGAGCAAGUCAGGGAGGGGCAGAGAGAGAGGGAGACACAGAAUCCAGAGGGGCUCCAGGCUCUGAGCUGUCAGCACAGAGCCCAACACGGGGCCCGAACCCACAAACCGCAAGAUUAUGACCUGAGCUGAAGUUGGAUGCUUAACUGACUGAGGCACCCAGGUGCCCCAGAAACUUGACUUUAGGAAACAAAGAAGUAAUACCAUGCAAGUCCUAAAGAAAAGUACAAUAUUUUCUUCCACAGUAACUUCUCAGAAAACUACCAGAUUGUGUGCCAUCAAAUAACAAAGAGAGAGAGAAGUACAAGAAAUACUGGAACUUGCCAAAAUAAAUAAUAAAGAAAUAAAGUAAUAAAAAGAAAUUUCAGGAUAACAACUGUGCAUCAGUCUUAAAAGCAGUCAGUACAAAAUUGAGUCCAGUUAAUAGCAUUAUUAAGAAACUAGAUAAUCUUAGGAAAGAUGGAGAAACGUAUAUAUUGUUUCCAUCAAUGAGGAAAAAAAAUAAAAGGCAGGAACUCUAGAAGAGGGAGGGAAAUAUCUGUAAAAACAUCAGAGUCCAAACAGGACAAGUAAAUGAUAUGAUUUUGAGCAAUAGAUGCAGUAUAAGAAAAAAGAAUUCAGUUGAACAUGAUACUUGAAACAUUCUCCUUUGAACAUCAGAGGUUCCCUUCCUGUGGAUCUAAUCAUACGCUCUGCUCUACAGUGAACAGUAUGUGUAAAUCAUUACAUAGUAGUACAAAUAACCCUACUGACCAGUCAGAAAA